AUGCUUGAAAAAGCACCCUCAGUCGAUGCCCAUCCAGAUCGAGAAAAUGGCACUAUAACCUCCCUCCCGGAGAACCUCGAACUCGACCGUCUGGGCUACAAACCUGAACUACAGCGCAACCGCUCAGUGUUAACCCUCCUCUUCCAAACCCUCGCCAUAGCCGCAAUCCCCUAUGGCGAAGGCUCCCCCUCCUCUCCGCCAUCUAUGGAGGCGGUCCACUCUCAAUCUUUCUGGCAACUCCUCCUAAUCUUCUACGCCGUCUGUCUGGGCUCUCUAAUAAUAUGCGUCUUCGCCAACAAAUACCUCCCACAAGUUGACAUAGCCUGCGCAACCUGGACAGCCAUAACAAUCCUAGUAAUCCUAAUCGCCGUCUCAGUCAAAGCCUCGUCCGGCCGCCACUCCGCAAGCUACACACUAUCCCACUACGACAAAUCCUUCGCGGGCUGGGGCGACUUCACCUUCUUCAUCGGCCUCCUCCCAGCAGCCUACACCUUCUCGGCAAUAGGGAUGAUCUCCUCCAUGGCGGAAGAAUGCAACAAACCAGCAAUAAAAGUCCCCCGCGCAAUCGCCCUCAGCGUCCCAGUCGGCGGAACGGCAGGCCUCUUCUUCAUCCUCCCCCUCUGCGCGACCCUGCCCCCACUAGAAGACAUAAUCUCCGCUCCGGGCGGCCAAGCCCUGCCCUAUAUUCUGCACACAGUAAUGGGCAGUCCAGGCGGCGGCCUGGCGCUGGUCUUCCUCGUGCUGGUGAUAACCCUCUUUUGCUCAAUAAGCAUAACAGUAGCCGCAUCACGCUCAACCUGGGCCGUGGCACGCGACGACGCAGUCCCCCUCGCCAAAAUAUGGGCAUACGUUAACCCGAAACUAGGCGUGCCGGUGUGGUCGCUCGUCCUGUUAACGGGUAUCCAGAUGUUACUGGGGUUAAUCAACCUAGGGAGCACGAGUGCGUUUACGGCAUUCGUGUCUGUGGGCGUUAUUGCUCUCGCGGCAGCGUAUGCCAUUCCUAUCUUUUUGAGUCUUUGGCAUGGGCGUGAAGAGGUUAGUAAGGCGCCUUGGAGGUGUGGGCGGAUUGUGGGGACUUUUGUAAAUGUGCUUGCGCUUGCUUGGAUUGCGUUUGAGUUGGUUCUUUUUAGUAUGCCGACUGCGUUGCCGGUUACGGCUGUUUCGAUGAAUUAUGCUUCGGUUGUUUUUGUGGGCUUUAUGGCUAUUUCUGGGGUUUGGUAUCUUCUUUAUGCUAGGAAGUCUUAUAAGGGUCCGCCGGAGUCGGAUGCUUUGGAUUAA